AAAUUGACUAGAGUAGUUUUAUUAAAAAUGGAGACAGUAUCUCACGUCGUAAAAGUUUCCUUACCGAAUUAUUUAUCUGGAUUACCUAUUCCGAAUUCAUUUGGAGGAUGGUUCAAAUUAGGAUUUAAAGAUUGGCUAGCUUUGAUUCCUCCAACUGCAAUAGUCGCAGGACUAGGAUACAUGUCCUAUCAAUCUUGGUGUCCAGAGGCUAAAAAGGCAAUUAAGGCACGCGUCAAUCAUAAAGUAAAGAAGGAUGUAGGAAAAGUGGUAGACACUGUUGACGUUGAAGACAUAACUGAAAAAGCGGUCUUCUGUCGCUGCUGGAAGAGCGAAAACUGGCCUUAUUGCGAUGGAGCACACGCAAAACACAAUGAAGCUACUUGCGAUAACGUAGGACCGCUUAUCGUGACCAAGAAGAAAUAA